AAUGCGGGCCUCCUUUUCCGGAUUGGGGCGCAGUUUGCGCAACAGCGAAAGUAGACCCUAAAAACAAAAAAGAAAAUAAGUUAAUUUGAAAGCGCAGUUAAUUUUCGCGCAGUAUGUUUAUCGAUAUUAUGGCAAGUGCUAUCGAGCUUUCGGCUGGUCACACUUUAGGAACAGCUGUUGCACGAGUAUAAAGUAUCGAUACUAUCACGCCAACAAGUUACCAUGACAACAGAGUUAAAUAAACAAAUAUAUUAUUGGAUAAUAAGAGCAAUUUAGAAAGGAAAAAAACUAUAACUAAGUGCUACCGCGUGACGGAUAAUCUGGGCACUCAGCAAACAACCUACCAUUUGCAAUUGUAUUUAAACUCAAUUCAAACAACCGAAUUUAUAACAACCACCAGCGACAACAUUACAGGUGCAAUGCUAGCUAGCAACUAAACAUCGGUCGACCAAACAAUAGAGCAACAGCCGCAGGUAGCGGCGCCCAGCCCCUACUACUGUGCGCGUCGCUGCGCAAACGCUGUCGACGAAGCGGAAGAUGCGACAGUUACUAUUUACGGGGUUCAAUGCAUUUGGGCAGCACAAUGGAAGCAACACUGACCGCAUUUCCGGUCGCGUCACUGCCUUAACCGAAAUAAGCGUUCCCGGGGAUGGUGCGGGUAACGCUAUAAUUGCGUUGAGCUGGCGUUAUACCGCAUAUGCUGUGGGCACUAAGCUAUGGCUGCGCGGACUCUUCGAUUUGGUGCCUGGGGAAUGCCUGGAAGUGGAGGCACCUGCAAGUAUUAAAGCGUUAGCCGCUUGCGAUUCGCAUUGCCUGGUGCUGCUGCAGAAUGGCGAGCUGUACAAGCUGCAAGCCAAGCUGAAGGCAACAUUGCAACACAUCAAAUUGGAAACAAUCCCCACAACAAGUGCAGCCACAAAGCGAACUAUUUUUGGUACAUCUAAGCUAGCUAGGGACGCCUCAAACGACGUCACACACAUAGCCUGUGGCACGCAUAUAAAUGUGGCCAUAAGCGCUAACAACGCCGUGUACAGCAUACCCAGCUGUUUGCAUCAGUUCCCGCAACGUCAAUGGCGGGUGCAACAGUUGGAGUGCGGACACGAGCAUGCCCUGUUGCUCAACGGCAAUGGCGAUGUCUACAGCUGGGGCAAUGGACUUCGUGGACAACUAGGCCACGAAACACUAGCUGUGGUGGAGACGCCACUGUUGCUGGAAGCGCUGGCGGGCAUUAAGAUAACACACAUUGCCGCUGGUGGCUGGCAUAGCGUAGCCAUCUCUGCAUUUGGGGAUCUCUAUACGUGGGGCUUGAAUUGCAAAGGUCAACAGGGUAUGCGCGUUAUGAAACCCGAUGGUUUGCUUAAAGAGCCCACGGUUUAUCCAUUGCCCCAGCUGCAUGAUUUGCCAGACUGUUGUGGGGAAGAGAAUGUGGUAUGCGCACCUCUAAGGGUAUUUGCAGGUUCGCGUCACACAUUGCUCCUGCGCAGCUGUGGGAGACUCUGGGCCAGUGGCUGGUGUGCCCACGGCCAGCUGGGCAAGCAGCCCACUACAUUGGAAUAUUUGGACAUAUUUCAAGCUGUACGAGAUACGCCUAAGGGUAAUAAUUAUACUGUGUUUUGUGGUCCUUGGUCCAGCUUGAUUGCCUUGUUAGAACUAUUUAAAAAUUUUGUUGUAAACAGCCUCGUUUCUUUUAUAUGUUUCGAAAUUGUAACGGCUUUACGCUAACGGCUCUUAAGGCUGACUGCUAUGGUACUUAAAUUGCGCCAUGGUACUAACUGCUAUGUUACUCACAUUCCAUAUAAAGCCUUAUCAUGCUGUCUUUGCUAAAGCUUUAGCAAAGAUUCACACCAGGUAGAUGCAGUUCAUUUCGAUUUUCGCAGAAUUUUAGUGAAUAAAAAGUUAU